UUUCACAGUCGAGAGUACAAAGCUGGGGACACUGAAUUUACCACUUCUCUCAAGGGUAUUUUUCAACCCCAUCCAAAAGGAUUUGGGGCUUUUCUCAGGUAAAACGGGUGUGUUACCAUGGCUGAAGAACAGAUGGACCUAGAAACCAGAAUCAUCCAGGACAUACACAGUAAAGAGAUUGAUUUGGUGAAUAGAGACCCAAAGCAUAUUAAUGAAGAUGUUGUCAAGGUGGACUUCGAAGAUGUGAUUGCUGAACCCGAGGGCACCUACAGCUUUGAUGGCGUCUGGAAGGUCAGCUACACUACCUUCACGGUCAGCAAGUAUUGGUGCUACCGCCUGAUCUCCACCCUGCUGGGUGUCCCACUGGCCCUCCUCUGGGGCUUCAUCUUUGCCUGCAUCUCCUUCUGCCACAUCUGGGCCGUGGUACCCUGCAUCAAGAGCUGCCUGAUUGAGAUGCAGUGCGUCAGCCGUAUCUAUUCCCUCUGUGUCCACACCUUCUGCCAUCCCGUCUUUGCUGCUUUUGGCCAAAUCUUCAGCAGUAUCAAAGUGGCCUUGAGAAAGGAGGCCUAGAUAAAGUUGGGGGAGAAAGGGGAAAAUAAAACCCGGGAGCCUGUUGGGGUGAGGGUGGGAGGGAGGGAAGAAAGGGAGAUGGAAUAUAAAGCUACAACUAGUUCUACAAUAACGCUCCAUGGGAAUUUCUACAGAUUUUAUUUUAUAGAGACUUGUUGCUCUUUCUGAAACAAGAAUGUGUAGAGAAAUGGAAGUGACAUAAUGACAUUUGAGCUCACUUGUCCUCAUUCUGUCCCUGUCUCCCAUCGUGGGAUCCCACAGCCAGGAUGAUGGCCAUUUGCUCAGAGGGCAGCUACUGUAUGAGUCUGGGCACUCAUUUGUACUGUAAUCUUAAAUCUUCACUGUUAUGGCAUGAAACCAGCCUCUUCCCAGCUGGGGUCAUUGUUUCCUGAAACCCUGUGAACCCCUGAAUUUUAGCAACAAUAAGCAAUCAUGAUUAACAGAUUGGAAUCUAAUAAAGGGUUUUGGCUACAGGGG